UUAGUUGAACAUUCAGCGCCACAAAAGCCACACUAAAAACAUAACAGAACAUAAUAAAAAAAUCCCAAUAAAUUUAAAUUUUUAACAAACAAAAAUUGGCCAACAAAUAUUUAACAAAACUACAGAAAAACUAUAAUGAAAGCUUUACAAUUAGCUCAAAAUUUCAAGACACUAAACAGAAAGCACGUGUCACUGCCAAGCAGUUGGAAUAAAGUGUACAGUUAAAAAAUCCGAAUGUGUAUUUUAAAACCUGAAAAUUAGCGCGUGUUUUGCCGACACAAAAAUAAAAAUAAAAAAAAGACGAAAGAGCCUAACAACAAAUUUCAGCGUUAAACGUUUUUGAAACUGAAAACUGUCAACAAAAAAACGAAAAAAAAAAACAGAGGAAAAAACAAAAUAGAAAAGCCACAGCAAAAUAAAAUACAGCAACUAGAGAAAACCAAACGCAUUCGGCAUUUGCUGCAGGAAAAGCGCUAUAAAAAUAGCAUAAUUAGCCAAUGAAACAACAAAUUCAAUUACACGAAAAUAAAACCUAACAAAAAAAAAGUAACCGCAAAGUCAGCGAAACGUACAUUUAAAAACAGCCACAUGAAUUAGUUUUUAACGAAUAAAUACUCCCAACAUUUCUUGUUGUACUCGCAAAAGUUGUUGUUAAAACAUAAAAAUCUUGUUGAAUGAAUUCGCGGUGCCUUUAUUUAUAGCCAGCAUAACAAAAAUCCAACAGAAAAGUAAUAAUAUACAAAUAUAUCUAUAUACAUCUCUAUACGUAUACAAAAUAUCUAUGUAAAAAUCUAUAGAGAAAGAUCGUAUACAUAUAAAUAUAGACAAAGCAAUAAAUCGUAACGGAAAACGUGCAAUAUUUUCAAAGGUUUAAUUAAAUUAAUUUCGAUUGUGAUCCAAAAAAACAAAACAAACAACAUAACUAACUAAACUAAGCAACCAAAUCAAAAAUAACCAUCAAAGUGAGAUACAAAUUUCGUUCGUUAUAAAUUAAAUAAUUGAUUAAUUGUUAUUGUUGUGAGAUAAACAUCAUUCUAACUAUUAUUGUUGCAAAAUAAAAAAAAAGAAAAACACACAGAAAAAGCAACAGCAAUCUGCAGGCCAGCAAAAAACCCGCAACGAGACAUUUUUUGUUCGUGUAUAAUCACAAAAUUUCGGAAAUUUUUAUGAAAAAAUGAGCGACAGGGAGCGAUCGUCCCCAACACUGAUCGAAACUGGUUUAAAAAACUUAAUUGGCGGCCGUGAUGGUAAUUACCCACUGAUCAGCGGCAUUAAUGGCAAAUCCACAUCGAAUAGCAAAGAGAUCAUCUGCCCAGAUGACAAAUACAAGGAGGAGGGCGACAUCUGGAAUGUUGAGGCGCAAACAGCGUUUCUCGGCCCAAAUCUGUGGGACAAGACCCUGCCCUAUGAUGCCGACCUCAAGGUAACACAAUAUGCCGACCUAGACGAAUUCCUGUCGGAGAACAACAUACCUGAUGGCCUGCCCGGCACGCAUCUGGGCCACUCCAGUGGCCUGGGCCACCGGUCCGAUUCCCUGGGUCACGCAGCGGGUCUGUCUCUUGGUCUUGGCCACAUAACCACAAAGCGAGAGCGGUCGCCCUCGCCAUCCGACUGCAUCAGUCCGGACACGCUAAAUCCGCCAUCGCCGGCCGAGUCAACAUUUUCGUUCGCCUCCUCGGGCCGUGACUUUGAUCCGCGAACCAGAGCCUUCUCCGACGAGGAGCUCAAGCCGCAGCCGAUGAUCAAAAAGUCACGCAAGCAAUUCGUUCCAGAUGAGCUCAAGGACGACAAGUACUGGGCACGUCGCCGGAAGAACAACAUUGCCGCCAAGCGAUCCCGCGAUGCCCGGCGCCAGAAGGAGAACCAGAUUGCGAUGCGGGCACGCUACUUGGAGAAGGAAAAUGCAACAUUACAUCAGGAGGUGGAGCAGUUGAAACAGGAGAACAUGGACUUGCGUGCACGUCUAUCGAAAUUCCAAGAUGUGUAAUGAUAAAUACAAUUUUGUGACUUGGCCUGAGGACACCACAACAAUUAAAUAAUAAUAACUAUUGAUAAAAUAACAAUAAUCAUAACUAUGAUAAAACUACUAAUAAUGUUUAGUACAGCAGACAUGAAACCUACACUAUAAAGUACAUAUUGUAUCUAAAUAUGUAUAUGCAAAAGUAUAAUUAGUAAGCAAACACACACCCACACAAACACAAGAAACCCCUCACGGCGUCGUGCUCCGCUUUAAUAUUUAUUUUAUGCUAAAAACUAAAAGCAAAUUAACUAAACACCGAGGAGGAGAAACCGACCGAAUGGAAACUAAAAACAUUUUUUAGAGUAGCCAAAAAAAAAGAAAGUCUCACGAGAGCAGAGCGUUGAAAAGCUCUGCAGCCGAAGCUUUUUGCCUUUAACGUAGCAUACUUCCGAGCGCAAUGGGAAUCCUAAAAAAAAAACACAGACGUAGAAUUGUUAUCUUUUAAAUUGUUUAAUAGUUGUCUAGCCUAGUUUUACGCAAAAAAAAAAACACUUCUCUUCUUCGACUUCUUUUGCUAUUGUUUUCACCCUUCUACUUUAGUUUUUAUUAUUCUUUGUAAUUAGCUGUUUGAUUAAGUUUUUCUUUAGCUUAUAGUGAACGGAAAUCCACAUGCACACAACAAAUCAUAUUGUAAAUAAUUUCGUUGCCUUUUUUCAAAUUAACUCGAGAGAGGAAUUACCAUAAAAUGCAAAAGAAAACAUGUAUAAAAAAUUGCAAAAUGAAAACCCACAAAAAAAAAAGAGAAAAUUAAAGGAACGCUAAGAGAAAACCAUUUAGAGAUGAGCAAAGAACUUCCCUCCUCAGUUGCCGGGCACUUGGCAGCUGUUUAGUUUAAGUGAGCUAUGAUUUUUAUAAAAACCUAAUGAAAAAAAUAUCAGAAAACCCCAAAAAAAUUAAAAACGGACGGACAGAGACAGACGGUGGACAGACAGAAAUGAAAAACUAGAAGUGAAAUAGUUUUCGUUGUUGAUUUCUUGAUACUAAAAUAACCAACCCAAAACUAACCCAGACAUAGUCAGCUGGCUAAAGCGAGAGAACGAGUUUUCUCACUUCCUACUAAGAACUACAUACACACAGACCAUCUGCGAAAAACCCCUUCAUACCAUGCUAACACUCUACAAAUUUUCACAUUUUUCCUUUUAGUUGUAAACAUUUUAUUCGUUUAACUUUUAUUACAAGAAAAAACUAUUUCUUUUGGUGUGAUUUGCAAGAUCUUAAACAAACAAUUUAAAAACAAAACAUUUUUACAUAAUACCAUACAAUUAUGUUACUUUAAACAACAACUAUUUUCGUUAGUUAAGUUUAUUAAUUAUUAUUAUUUGUUAUACAUUUGAGUUACAUUUACCUGCAUACAAUUAUAUAGAAAUUUAAGAAAAUAUAUGAAACCGGAAAAAAAACUUACCGACCGAGAGCAAAAUUUAUAUUUUAUAUUCAGCAAACAAUAUGGAAGCUAUAAACAAAAGCGUAGAGAGAUAAAUAAGUCCAUUAAGCACUCUUUCUAAACAAAUUUCAAUAAGUUAUAGAAUAAAUCUAUGGAAAAAUGUGCAAAACCAACAAAAAAACUCAAAGAAGAACGACAAAAGUAAAGAUCGAUAAAGGAGAAUGAGCGUAACGAAAAAGUGAGAAAGCAAAAAACGAUUUGUGUGUAAUAAUAAAAGUCUAAGCGUUGCUUUUAACUAUUGAAAACUCGUUUAUUUUCUAUCUAUCCACCCACAACACCACCCCACAGAUGCCCCCAUCCCCUCGCCGCAUAGCUCAUUGUAGUAAAUAUAUAAUGAAAACCAUACAUGGAUCUCAAGACAGAGUUAAAGAAAUAAACCUAAAGCCGUAACCGAAAUCGAAACUAACCCUAACGAUAGACGCAAGAACUACAAAGAUUAUAUAGUAAUCAGUAAUAUAGCAAUAUAGAUAUUUAGCCAAACCCCUGUUUUUUUUAUGUUUAUUAAAAAGAAUCCCAAAAAAAAAAUCGAAAAUCUAACCCUGAAGCCUUUUGCACUGCUAUGAGACCACCUAGAGAAAACAACCACAAAAUAACGUUAAAAAUUAAUAAAGAAUCCCACAAUUAACCCAAUGAAAACAAAAAAAAAAAAACAUAUGAAAAAAGUUGGGUGUCAUUUUGCAAAAUGAAAAUUGUUGAGCUUCGGUUGUUGAAUGAAUUCACACAUAUACGAUAAACUUAACACCUAUGGAUAACUCAAAUAGCGGACUAUACGACUAAGCAGAUUCAAGCAAUUGCUACAUAUUUGUACAACAAACCAGAAGUAAAACAAAAAUCAUGUUAUAUUUAUAUAAAAAUAUUUAUACUUAAGUAAUAUAAAUUGCGCGUAGAGGUGAAAAACUAAUUCAUUUGCCUGGCCAUCAAUUGAACGAGCAGUAGACCUCCCCUUACACAACUUUGGUUAAGCGUAGUUUUGUAUAUUUUUAACAACUAUUGUUUUCCGUAGUUUGUAGUUGAAUUUUUGUAGACAAUUUUUUGGUUUAUGUAGAGAAUUGUUGAAUAAAGAAAAAAAAAACAAAAUAAAAUAAAAACUCUUAACCGAACUAAGAUAUUUGAAAAUUAGUUUGGCUGACACACACAGACAUACCCACAAACACACUCACGCAUUCGAAAAGGGGAGGAUGCGAAUUCUGUAGUCUACUUUCGGGCGUGGAAUUCGCCAGGCCAAAAGAAAGCAAACUUUUCAAGGGCAAAUAGUAUUUGUUGAAAGUUUAGGCAACAAGUUUGUGUAGACAUUUUCAUUUGAAUAUUUUCUCUUCAGUUUGAGUAAAAAGAAAACCCAGAUUUUCGAAUAAGAAUGUUCCGUAACAAAAUGUAGACUUUGUAGCAACAACAAAAGACGAUAAAACUGAAAAGUAUGAAACGUUUAAUUAUAAAAAUUGAAAAACUAACGAAAUUAUGUUAAAUAUACAAUAAGCAUUAAUAUAUAUAUAUUUAUUAUAUACAACAAAGAAUUAGUUAAAUGAAUUACGCAUGCUGCAAGGAAAAAUAAACAAACAAGCGAAUAACUUUUGUAGAUAAAUUCGUAGUUGAUGAUUUUUAUAUCUAUCUUAUACAGAUAUUAGUUGUAUGCAUAUAGUACACUCAACUACAUAGCAAACGGGCAAGGAAUGGCGAUCGUUAGGCAGGGUUAAAAAUAGUAACUAAAGACACAAAUUGUUGCAGUGCAAAGCAGAAAACAAACAAAAACGAGAAAUUAGCAAAGCGAUAACUUAAGUAAGUAAGUAACGGGCAAGAGCUGAGUGUUUUUAGUGAGUAAGAGUUUAAAAAAAAAAUGGGAACGUAGCGGAAACGGAAGUGGCGGCGCGAAUCGAAUGGCAAUGCGAAACAUAUUAAAUGCUAAUAUAUACAUAAUAUUAUACACAUAUACAUAACUUAUAUACAUAUAUAUACAUAAAAAUAUAUUCUUACAUAUUAUUAAAGACGAAAAUGUUGUUGAAUUUUAAAAUCAAUAAAAAGCCCCCGAAAAAAUCCACAAAUAAAAAUAUUUAAAUGUAGUAAGAUAAAAACGAUGAAACAAAACAAAAAAAAAUAAAAAUUGUUAGUUGUUGCAAAAAAUCAAGCUAAAUUAAUUAAAUAAAACCAAAAACUAAAAAAAGACCUUAACGCGUUUUAGAGCCUUUACUUAUAUUUUGAGAAUUUUGCAAAAUGAAACGAAAUGCAAAUAAUUUUAUAUGUGAAAAGCGUAAAAAGCUGAAGGUAAAUUCAUAAAUAACACAAGGCUACCAUAGCUUAAGUUGAGGCGUAAACGAAAGCUAGAUCAAAGCAUAACUUAAAGCCUAAGAAAAGGCAAGAUAACUUCAUUUGGUACUCAAAACACUUAGUAAAAGAUCAGCUUAAGGCAUUAGAGCAAUGCUAAAAAGAAAUCCACAAGAAACUCAGCCUAAUUGUUGUUGGCAGCAUGCAAAACACAAAAAAUGAAUACGAAUGAAAACCAAAUUUAAGCUAAAACGUAAAGAUGAAAGCCUAAGCAAGGACACUAACAUGUACCUAGAUAUAUAUACAAAACCAAAAUAAAUCUAAAAAAAAAAAAACAAAAGAGAAAACCUAAAGAAACUCCAACAGAAGUGCUCGAGAUGCUGCAGAUUAGCUAUAAUUUACUACCUAAUGUCAAGUCAUUUGUUAAUUAUUUUACACUCAACUUAAUUCAUAUUGAGUUCCAUAACAUUCUGUAUAAGUUUUUGUAGAUUUUGUUAACCGAAUGAGAAAGUUAUGCUUCUGUUAUGGUCUUUAAUUUCGUAAUAGAAACUGAAUUUAAUUAGUAGGAACUUCAAGAGAUAAGAAGUGAGAUUAAGGCAAGGCGAAUAAUUAUGUUUUACGAAAACUGCAAGAAAGAACAAACAAUAAAGGUUUAGAUACAAAUUUUGAAACGAUAAAUGCAAAAAAAAAAAUGAUAAAAACUGUUUCAUUUUUCUGUGGAUUUUGUGGUAUACCAUUAGGCGAGUUUUUUCCUCUGAACGAAUAGCCAACUUCGGGGCAGCAUUGUCAAAACAGAGUGGUUGGCCUUCAAAGCAGCUGGAAUACACAGUUUUGAGUAACUGGAGGUCAAGUUGAUUGCAUAAUUGGUGAGUGGAGAGAGGAUCUGAAAAUGGUAACUGGAUAUGAGAUAAGCUGUUAAAACUGUUGGGUGCAGUUGACAUGUCGCUAAAUAAAGCUGCCGGAAACUCAAGAACUGAAAUGACGAACUUCAAGUUCGGAUAAAAUGCGCAUUCUAAAACAAUGUAUACCAUUCAACAUUUAAUCUGUGGAAAAACUUCCAUGGAUUCCAAUCAUAAGACAAAUUCUCACUUCCACUUGGCAACAAACGAAACUCGCCCGACUUCAAUUAACAUUCACU